AGAGGAAACGCCUCCUUCUGGGCAGGAAAAACCUGCAACGUCUGCGUUUCUUCGCGUGCCCACUAUUCAGCCCCGAGUCUCCGCGUCUCUAGGGAGCCAGAUCCGCUCUCCGGGUUUUAGCGGCAGCUGCGAGGGGAGCGAGGUGGAAAUUGACAGAACGCGACCCUCCCCUUCUCCCACGAGGCCGGGCUGCGAAUGGCCCGGGGAACUGUGGCCGAGCUGGAGCGGCGCAGUCAGGUGGCACCGCUCCCCUUCCCCCAACCUCGGCAGCCCGCCCGGCGCGCCCGAGCCUGGCACGGCUAGGUUGGCUUGGUGGAACCGGGAGAGGUGGGAACACCAGGGUUAGCGCGAGUGUCCCGCAGGCGGGCGGAGUUCUUUUGUCCUCGGGCACAAUACGAACCGCAUCACCUCGGGACCCUCUUUGAACAGAGCGUCCCGCGAUCUUUCUUUGUGCCCGGGGAGCAGAAAAAGACUUCUCCUCCAAGAAAGCCACAUCCCGGGGGGUGGCGCAGGGAAGGGAACAAUGGGCUUCCAUUGUCCUCCGAGGGCCCGCCGGCCCCGCCGCCGCCACUGACCCCCGCGCGUGCGCCAGGCCUCGCGGGCCAGGGCACAGGUACCGCGGCGGGAGGGCCAGCGGGCCCCGCGCCCUCCGCCCCGCCCCGGCCGGCCCGCCCCCGCCUCCGGCCCCGCCCCGCGCCGCCCCGCCCUCUGCAGGUUCGGGGCUCGCGGCUGGCCGCCCAGUGCUCAGUCUCGUUCGCACCUUCUUCGACCGCGGCCCGGCAGCGAAGCGCAACGCAGACGAGCGGCGGGGCCGGGAAGGGGCAGCCCGGACGCCAACCUGGAAGUGUUCACACCGUCCCCGAGCGGAUAAUGCUGUGAGCCGGCGCCGCGCCGGCCGACCCACUGGAUCUGCGCGCACCGGCAGGCACUGCGUGUGCCGCAGCGAGCUUCGGUGCCCGGCGUCCGACCCGGUGGCAGCGGCUGGAUCCUUGGCGGCUGCUGCACCUACUAUGAAGAUCUAGUUCUCUCUCCCAGAUGACGGCCGAGUGGGGGAGAUGGUCAGGUCUCUCCUCACUCUGGAAGGGAUCGGAUGAUGUAACCCACUAUCCAGGAAGCCCCACGUGGCCUUGAGUGCAACCAGGUCUCUCAGACCCCAUCUCACUUCAGAGCCACCUCUGAGCCACUGGGAGGAAAAUGAUGUGACAGUUCCUAACAAGAAGAACCUUGGGGGAACAUAUAACAUCGGUGCAGAAAGUGGCCCCUUUCCUCUUUUGUGAAAUAGACACUCUCAAAUUCCAAAAUGCCAGCCAAGACCCCGAUUUACCUGAAAGCUGCCAACAACAAGAAAGGGAAGAAAUUCAAGCUGAGGGACAUCUUGUCUCCUGAUAUGAUCAGUCCCCCCCUCGGAGACUUUCGCCACACCAUUCACAUUGGCAAAGAGGGCCAGCACGACGUCUUCGGGGACAUUUCCUUCCUCCAGGGGAACUACGAGCUUCUGCCUGGGAACCAGGAGAAGGCACGCUCCGGCCAGCUCCCCGCGCACUACGAGUUCUUCAGGGCCAACAGCACCUCAGACUCCGUGUUCACAGAAACGCCCUCCCCGGUGCUCAAAAACGCCAUCUCCCUCCCCACCAUCGGAGGGUCCCAGGCGCUCAUGUUGCCCCUCCUGUCACCAGUGACAUUUAAUUCCAAACAGGAGUCCUUUGGGCCACCAAAGCUGCCCAGGCUCAGCUGUGAGCCCGUCAUGGAGGAAAAAGCUCAGGAGAAAAGCCGUGUGCUGGAGAAUGGGACCAUCCACCAGGGAGACGCAUCCUGGGGCUCCAGUGGUUCAGCAUCGCAGUCCAGCCAGGGCAGGGACAGCCACUCCUCCAGCCUGUCCGAACAGUACAGCGACUGGCCGGCCGAGGACAUGUUUGACCAUCCUGGCCCGUGCGAGCACAUGAAGGGAAAGACCAAAUCCCAGGAGUCCCUCUCUGACCUCACAGGUUCCCUUCUCUCCCUGCAGCUGGAUCUUGGGCCCUCGCUUUUGGAUGAGGUGCUGAAUGUCAUGGAUAAAAAUAAGUAACAGGAUGCUAGCUCUUUUCCUUUGGGGUAAAAGGUACCAAAAUAAACAAAAAAACAGAAACUCAGCUAACGACAGUUGAAGAGAAGAGCUUCCCUGGCUGUUUUUUUGCAGUUAUGUGAUGUGUUUUCUAAACUAAUUGUUCCUACAAAAUAUUUUUUUACCUGUUAUGCCCUGUUUGCAAAAACAGUUUAGAAAAAGCAACAACAAAAAACCUGUCCUGGCAAAAAGAGGAAGUGAGUCAGAACCCAUUUCUGGCGGGCACUGCUGAUGUUCAGCUGACAUUUUUUGGUUUGCAGACGUGUAAGAAAUCUGGCUUGCAGGAUUGGCACUAGCUACGGAGAGCUGAGCAAGUCACACUAAGAAACUUCACAGGACUCUGACAUUUUAUGAGUUUAGAGGAAGUCAAAAUUUAUUUAACACCUAAGCCUUUUUUUCUAGACUCUUUUGUAUAUGAUAUUGUUUGGGCUCGUGAUAGCAAAUUCUCCAGUGUUAAGACUUUUCUCUGUUUUCACAUUUGAGCAACUUUAUGGGUUUUGGGGAUUUUCUUGUAGUUCUUAUAUAUAUUCCUUAUAUAUUAUAUCUAUAUUGCAAAAUUUUGACUGUCAGCUACAUGUUGGUAAGACACGAGCAAGGUAUUACUGUAACUAAGUUAUUUUUAAAGUUAAAAUAUAUUUUUAUGUGCCUUUGG